AUGACUCCAUUCCAGCAAGCGGUCCUCGGUUAUCUGAAAAAAUGUGGGAUUAGAUACAGUGUGACAAAAGGGGGUAAGAAGCAGGAUUGCACACAUGAGCCUGAGUUUCAAAGUGUUCAUAACACAAAAAGAAAGGACUGGGGUGAACGCUACCCACCAUCAGUUGGAUUGAACCAUGCCCAGCCUACUCCUGAAGCGAUUUCAAGGUUCAAUACCAACUUGCUAGCAUGUGAGGGUGUGAUUCUGAAGAAGAAAUGGGUAAAACACUAUCAUCCAAUACUGGCGGUGCUGUCUGGGCAAGACAUCAAGGAUGAAUUGACGCCGGGGUGUGAGAUGACAAUGAAUACAUGGAGGUGUGUUCAACGCAUGCUGUGGGAGAAGGAUAAUGGAAUUUACAAAGGGUGGCUAGACAGAUUCAGAGGGGUCUUCGACCCAAAAUUUGUUGAAGAGGUUUGCCGAGAUGACGGGGAAACUGACUGGGAUUACAUCGACACUAUGAUGAACUCAGAAGUGAAUGGAUAUAGAAUUGAUUGGCUUAAAAAGUUCUGGUUCCCAGUUGAUUUUAUGGACUGCUGGUCAAUGUACCUUCUGGACAAGGAUGAAAAAACUGUGAUGGUGCUUGACCCAACAGAGACCGAUGCCAUGGAUGAGAUGAGGGUGAAACAUGAGAGCCGUGCCAUGAAGUUCCAGCGUAGGUUCUGCUCUCUGUUUAACAACUUUUUCAGCAGCGGCUUGGUUGACAUAGAAGGUUGGAAAUUCCUGUACCCACUAGUGGCGCAGCACGAUCCAUGCAGCAGGGAGGACAGUGGGGUGUACAUUGCACACUACUACACUGACUUCAUGGGGCUCUACCUCCGCUCAACGCUUUGCAAGAAACAGAUUGAUGAUUUGCGGGGGAAACUUGCAUAUGAGGUUGUGGCCAUGAAGGGCAACAAGGGAGACAUACCGGAGUUCCUGUACGACGUCAUCAUAGACUGAUGAUCUGGUGUAGCGUACAAUAAAUGGACAGAGAAAGAUUGGGCUACAAGCAUGCAAGAUCUUUUGUCAGCCGUCGUUGUACUACCAGUUCCUCUUUGAAGUGCGCGCAGUUUCAUUUUGCAUCGCUUCGGCACAAAACGCAGGGCGCAGAAACCUGGUUUUCCAAAUCAGUCGUUUGUGUGCGUGCGUGGUGAUUCAAGUUAUGUAACCCCCUUAAAUUUGAGACUUUAGACCUACAAGCUGGCAGCUGACCCUAAAAGCAAAGACUGUGUGGACUUGAUGAGAUCGUAGUAAACAAUAUUGAGUACUAUAACUGGACGUGAUUUGCCAUAACAAUUGGUGAAUGACAUGUUUUCUAGUCUUACUGUUAUCUGAAAAUUGAACAACAAGCUCGCCCCUUAGAAAUAGCGUGGGAUGAUAUUAAGCUUGUUUUGGACACUAGAAAAAAAAGACUUGUAAAAAGGGGCUGCCUUCAAUCGUUUGAGAGUUAGUACUAGAUGAUGGCGAUUGUAUUGAACGGUUCAUAUAUAAAAAUGGCGACUGGUCUAUAGAAGAUGUAAACAAAAGAAAGAAUGAUGUCAAAAUUUUGAGUGACUAGGUGAUGACGAUUGAAAAGGGAAUUUUCAACAAAAGAUCUGGAUGCCGAUUCUGUUUUUGUUAUUUUUGUUAAGAAGAACUAGAAACAAACAUGGUUGCCUUGCUCAAAGCUGCAAUUUUUUGGAGAUUUUACAUGAUUCGGUUGUCCCGUGGUGGUGCGUUCAUAUAGAGAGACGAACAGAAUUUUCUUUCGUCAAAACCUGGGGCAUGGAUGUUACAUGAAGAACCACUAGCUACAAUAGGCACAUCACCGCAACGAGAAAUGCCUCGCCAGGUAAUUCAAAACUAGUCUAGGCAACGUGGAAGUAAAAAAUAAAUUUUGGUUCAUUGGGAUAUAAAGGGGGGGAUGGUUUCAUGAUAGAUUUGCAACAAGUCUGCUGCCGAGAAGCUAAUGAAAGAUCAUGGUCCAGCCGUCGUGUGGAUCAUUACAGUGCUGAUUGAACGAGAAAAGACAUGAAGUAGGGAAAUGGUCUGUUGGUACGUGAUGCAGGCUAAAAAUUACUGAUGGAGUAGCAGAAGAUACAGAUCAUUUUACUUGGGGGAGUCCGCUUAGCGCCCCUUUCG